GGGCUCAGGCAGGAGCUGGCGCACACCCAGGCUGCGCUGUGCAGACGAUGCUCUCAGCAGCACCGUGACUUUGGCUGUUAGAAACAAGACCAUGGACGGCGGUAAACAGCUGAAGGUCACCCUUGCUUUCAGCCUUCCUCUAAUUUUUCAGUUCUGUGCUGGGAACAACGUCACUGACGACUACGACGCCAACACCACCAUUGACUACAACAUGUUUGAGAUCCUGUGUGAGAAGAAGGAAGUCCGUGAUUUCCGUGCCGCCUUCCUCCCAGCCAUGUACUCCCUCAUCUGCUUCACGGGGCUGCUGGGAAACGGGCUGGUGAUGCUCACCUACAUCUACUUCAAGCGGCUAAAGACCAUGACAGACAUCUACUUGCUGAACCUGGCCCUGGCAGACAUCCUGUUCCUGCUGACCCUCCCAUUUUGGGCCACGAGUGCAGCCACGUUCUGGUGUUUUGGAGAAUUUGCCUGCAAAGCAGUCUACUGCAUCUGCAAAAUGAGCUUCUUCAGCGGGAUGCUGCUCCUGCUGUCCAUCAGCAUUGACAGGUACUUCGCCAUUGUUCAGGCUGCCUCGGCCCACCGCUUCCGCCCCCGAAUGAUAUUCAUUAGCAAAGUCACGUGCAUCCUCAUUUGGCUCCUGGCCUUCGUUCUCUCAAUCCCCGAGCUGGUUCACAGCGGUGUAAAUAACUACGACAGCCACCCCCGGUGCUCCAUCAUUGCUAACGACUUGCAGACUUUCAACACUGGCAUCAAAGUGUCCCAGAUGGUUUUUGGCUUCUUGAUUCCCCUGGCGGUCAUGUCUGUCUGCUACCUCAUCAUUAUCAAAACGUUACUCCAGGCCCGAAACUUUGAGAAGAACAAAGCCAUCAAGGUGAUCAUUGCAGUGGUCAUCGUCUUCGUCGUCUUCCAGCUGCCUUACAACGGCGUCAUGCUGGCCAAGACCAUCUCAGUCUUCAACAACACCAGCUCAUGCGAGCAGAGCAAGAAGCUUGACAUGGCAGACGAUGUGACCUACACUCUAGCCUGCUUCCGAUGCUGCCUCAAUCCCUUCCUCUACGCCUUCAUAGGCGUCAAAUUCCGCAACGACCUCUUCAAGCUCCUGAAGGAGCUGGGCUGCCUGAGCCAGGAGCGCCUCUGGCAGCUGUCGUCCUGCCGUGAGAGCAAGAGGUUCUCCUUUGCCAUGGAGACAGAGACGACCACCACCUUCUCCCCGUGAGGAGAGCUCCAGGAAGGCUGAAGGCUGGUGUCGUUUUGUACACUGCCUCUACUUCGAGUUACUGAUAAAGACUUGCCAUUACUUUAGGGAGGGCAGCUGCAAAAGGAAGACCAAAGAACCUCUCCAUAUUGCAGCCAACGAGCUUUGCUAUCCAGUGUUUUCACGGAUGGAGAGACUUCAGUAAAAACUAUGACUCACAGUGAAUUAAGGGAGAGGUUCAGUGAGUUCAGAGUUCAUCAUGCCAUUUCACCCCUAUUUCCUAGCCAAAAUCAGAAAUGCUCGGAAUGGUUCAUUUCAUUAAAAGCAACAAAUAGCAAGAGAAGCGGACACAGGUGCUACAGAAUUACCAGUUUAGAGCUGGAUUUCCAAGAGCACCGCCCUUGCUUUGCAUGUUGCAUUUGACACAACUCCCUACUGCUCUUCCACACGCACACAAACGAUGCUCACUGCGCAGAACAGCACCAGCAGCCUCAAGCUCCCAAUGCAAUACAGCACGCAGUGUAAGCUGUGAGGUGUCCCAGCAGGCAACUCUUGCAUUCUCUUGCAUUCUUUGGGAAUGCUGCUUCAGUUUGGCAAUACAGCCUUCUUCAGCUUCUGUAAAGGCAUCUGCCUGCACAAGAGCUAGCUAGCACAGUUUAGAUUCCAAUGUUUGCACAGAGACGAGUUAUUUACAAGUACAAAAUCGCUGAGGCCUCCCCAGUCACCAGUCACACAAACUGGAACCAAGAAACAACACUUCAGUGAUGGGUACUUAAAUACACUUUUAGCACCCGGUCCUUCAGCCUGUCCUCACACCAGCCUUACUCCUGACAUGCUGAAGGAGCCUUUAAGCUGAUGUGAAAGCAUCUUUGUUUCUGUGCUUUGGCAGACUGCUGCCACGAUGCUCAGCAUUCGAGCCCAGGACAAGUUUCAAUAUAUUUCUUAGUGCAAGACUUAGGUUAGGAUAUAUCUGUGCCCACGGUCUGACCCCUGCAACGUGUCAGAAUCGAAAGCUUGCUCCUCUCCAGCCUUGUCAGCUGUGUGGACACAGCCUGCUGACUGUCACAUACAUGUGGGGGCUUUCUGUGCUGCUGCUUGCUGACCUCAAGAGAUGAUAUCGCAAGUGUGGGUUUUCUUCUCCUUUACCAACCAACGUGUCUUUCUGGAAGAACUUUAGCAGCUGUCUUUUCUAUAAGUCAGAUACGUAUUUCACUUAUAAGCUACUGAAAAUGUGCUUAGCAUUCGUGCUGUCACUUCUGAUCAAGAUGCCAUUCACUGCAGUUUGAUUUAACUGCAAAGGACAGAGGGGUGCUGCAGGUUACUGCCGGGGUCACGUACUUGAAGGGAACAUGGCAGCUGAACAACAGACGACUGCCAUGUAAAACAAGGCCUUGAAAAGAAGCCUUGAACGUGAUGCCAUUUACCAGGAGGAGGAAGAUUCCCACAACAAAAGCACCCUGAGAACUGCUGUUAUGGGACACCUGAGCAUCAGCUGGGAGGAGCUGCUGCAAUCCUCUGCGCAUCUGUUGCCCAUUUCCAGGCUCUGCCCCGCACAGCACGCAGCUCUCCCCAGCACCAGGCGCCAUGGCUGAAGGCCUUGGCCACGCACUGCAGGCAGGGCGCCCGGCCCACCUUCCACAGCAGCAGGGGAGCAGCUCUGGUCUGCAGCACCUGAGGCAGGUUCCUGUGGACGUGCAGAGCCUGCAGAGCAAACAUCCCAACGGUCACCUCUUCCAGCGCCACUCACAGGAGCAUCCGGAGUGACACAGGGAACUUCCUGGAUCAGAAAAUCUCGUUCUGGGACAACCAGCCCUCAGACACAGAACCCAGUGGCGGAUUUUGGGUCGAUGCUGCUGGUGCGUGGUUGGCUGCCAGCCGUCGUUUUAAACAUCCUUCCUCCUAACCCUCCUGGCUCGGUGGGGUUUUGCCACGAGCUGAAUUCAGGAGGAAAGCACCCUGCUCUGAUUAACCUGCCUAUGUUGAAUGGCAAUCCCACCCUCUUGUUCCAAGCAUUUUCUUUUACAGUGCCCAUUUAACAUGUACAGUACGUGCUGCUUCUCAAUCAUAUUAAAGGGGGGUUGAGACUGACACACCAAACAGUCAUUUCUUCUUGUUUUCCUCCUAUGUUUCUUACUCAGGCAAAGAAAAUCUGACCAGAGUAAGGAACACCUAUCAUACAGGCUCCUCUUCGUUUUCUGCAGUAACAAUGCACUCUUCAUGUAUACUUACAUAUGUAAAGCUGCUUUUCAUAGAAAAAUUUCAAUAUGUACAUGAAUGUACCCUGAAAUACGCUGCUUUCACUAAAUCUUUUUUUGCAUAACACACUCCCCUAACUUAUUCUAGCAGGGAAAACUGCCUCACCAAAACUUGUACCUGUAGCCUGUUUAACAGAAACCAUUUCCUUCCCAAAAAUGCAAAGUUUUCAGGUCUUUGCCAACUGGACGCAUUCUGAAUAGGGAAAUAAAGCAGCUGCCUUUGUAAGAAUGAGAAACCAAAGCAGCAUCUGGGGCAGCUGCCUCCUCAGCACGGCAGCGCUGAGCUCUGAGCGGAUGAAGGCAGCCGCCAGAUGGAUCCCACGAUGUGAACCUGAGGCUUCUCCAAUGCAGACUGAGAACUGACUGUAUGUUGCUACUCAAUGGAAAUAAA